AAGUGAGAGGAGCGCACUGCUUUUCCAUGCUCCAGUCAGAACGGAGAGUGGCCCAGAACAGUGGCGAAGGGCUCAGUCUCAGGCAGCCAUUGGAGAGAGCAGUGCACACUCACACGUGUGUGCCCACACUACCUCACUCAGCCUGAGCCCAAACCUUGCAAGGGACUGAAUUCUGUGGAGCUACACGGAAACGCAGAGCAACACAUCCACCCAAGAUCCUGGGAGAGGGAGAAGGCCUUCUGAAUCCUGGACCACUGAGAGCUUGGAAGAUAUCAAACGUCUUCCUUCUGUCUUCCAAAUGAGAUGAACCUGGCACUAUGGAGCUCUCCAAUCUCUGAGACCAUCUCUCCCCAGUGGUGAGUGCGAUCAGGACGGCCUGUUCCCCUGCUGACGGCCGGCAUGAGAAGGGACCGCUUCCUGCUGGUCGUCACCUUGGCCGCCAUCCUGGCAGUAGAUGCCUACUUUGUGCUUCUGCCUAGGCUGCGAAUAUGGUAUCACCUGCCCAAGAGUGGUUGUACCUGUCAGGGGGUCGAUGGCAGCACAGGGCAUGGAGGAUGGGUUCGCCAAAGACAACCCAAUGCCACCUCUGGACAAGGGUCCAAGCUAGAGAGGCUUCUGAGCCACCCUCUGUACAACAUCCGGUUACCAGAGAUAGCCCCACACGAGAGGCUGCUGGAGAAAGAGGAACUGUUGGGCUAUUAUAAGAAGAAAGUGACCCGUUGGGAGAGACAGCAGAAGCUGUACGUUGAGGCUGCAGCAGCGUCGAACAUCUCGUUGCCUGGGCAGCCUGUGACCUUUGACACGAAUGCAAGCUGGCUGAAAUUCCAUUUGGGGAUCAACCGUUACGCGCUAUACUCCAGCGAUGACCGCAGCAUUGAUAUGUUACUGCAGGACAUGCGUAGCGCCUCUGUCAUUGGCGCAGAUUACACUCAAGAUGAAAAGGCCUUAAAGGGUGCGUGUGACUGCUCACAGGUGGUCAAGCCGAGUGGUCAUCACCUGAAACUGGCGCUGAAGUUGCAAGACUUUGGAAAGGCAAUGUUUAAACCUAUGAGACAGGAGCGACACGAAGAGACACCAGAGGACUUCUUUUAUUUCGUUGACUUUCAGAGGCACAAUGCAGAGAUUGCAUCCUUUCACCUUGACCGGGUGCUGGAUUUCCGCAGAGUUCCACCUGUGGUUGGGAGACUCAUCAACAUUUCAAGAGAGAUUUUGUACGCCACUCACAAUGAUGAUCUCCGUAGUGUCUUCUUCACCUCUCCAGCGAACAACACGUGCUUCUUUGCCAAGUGUCUGUACGUGUGUAAGACAGAGUAUGCAGUGUGUGGGCACCCAGACUUGCUGGAGGGAUCCAUGUCAGCGUACCUCCCUGGUCUGAGCAUUGCUCCUCGCAUUUCCAUCCCUAGUCCCUGGAUCCGCUCCUACACAUUCACUGGGAGAGAAGAGUGGGAAGUUAAUCCCUCAUACUGUGACACAAUCAAGCGACUCUACCCUUACAGCUCUGGGAACAGACUACUCAACAUCAUUGACAUGGCCAUAUUUGACUUCCUCACAGGGAACAUGGACCGACACCACUACGAAAUCUUUACUAAGUUUGGUGAUGAAGGCUUCCUGCUUCACCUGGACAAUGCGAGAGGGUUUGGAAGACACUCCCAUGAUGAGAUGUCCAUUCUGGCACCGCUGAUCCAGUGCUGCAUCAUCAAGCGUUCCACUUUGCUGAGACUCCGUCUCCUGGCCCGGCCCGAGUACCGCCUCAGCGAUGUGAUGCGGGACUCACUGGGCCGAGAUCCACUCAAGCCCAUUCUCACCGAGCCCCACCUACAGGCUCUGGACCGACGGCUGGAACACGUGCUCAGGACAGUGGUGAGGUGCGUGAAGAGGUUGGGCGAAGCGCAGGUGGUGGUCACAGACUUUGUGGAGGCCUCCAUGGGAGCCACAGAGAGAGAGUGGGAGAAAACCAGGUCACAGACACAGAGGAGAAAAGACGGAUGAAGCUGAGACUCUGGAACAUUUAGUCAUGGCCGCCUGUUCAGCAAAUAUGUCUAGCUGACAGUAAAAUUUGUAGAUAUAUGUAGACUAUAUAUAAUGUACUGAAAAUCUUCAAUCACUUCAUACUCAUGGGAAAUUGACUUUGGAUUUUGAAAGCCAUGUUUUCAGGAACGUACACAGCCUACUGACAGAUGUCUCUGAUGUUUCUGACAAGUCAAAGAGUGACUCGAUAUUUGCCUUUUAUUAGCCUCCACAAUCAUUUGUGAGCUUCUUUUAUAAUGUAGCAAAAAUAUUUCUGUAUGAUGAUCUGCUCUUUUUGGCUCCCUUUCAAACACUUAUUAAUGGCAGCUGAGCUGUAAUUAUCUGUAAUGAUCACACAAAUGAAUUCAUAAGCAUGUUGAAGAAAGAGAGCAAGAGGGAGACGAUGAGACCAGGUUGAUUUCGCCACAGAAAAAUGUUUUUAAAAAGUGCUGUUAGAACAUCUAAAACAGAUAGACUUUAUGACUUUCAUUCCAGACAGUGCACAAGAGUGUAAUCCUUAGCUGUCUCUUCUGGAUGUAGCUUGUAGGCUUUCAAGUGGCAUUUCGAAACAGUCUGGACGAAAUCUUCCUAGGUAUCCAUUGGCAACGCUGCCUUGCCAAAGCUUUGUUCCAGCUUGUAAUAUGAAAUUUCUUGCAACACAAGUGUUGAUGGGAGGUGGUUCUGAAACAAGUUCUAACUUGUCUGCAUCAUUACUGCUUGUCUCCAGUGACAAACAAAUAUGCCAUAUAUUUUUAGUCCAUGAAAGUGGAGCAUUUAACUGGCAGCAAGUGUUUAGGACAUCCUGGGGUUAAUCAAAAAAUUAUUAUUAUAUAAUUUGUUUUGUGCAAAGUUUCCCUCAAUUUUAUGCUUGUGAAAGAGGGUAUUGCACUUGCCAACCUUUCUAUUGCACUGAAAUGUCAAGAAAUCAAAAUUCAAACCCCUGAUGUCAAAAUACUAAUCAAAAUGUCCAAGACCAAAGCACCCAUCAAAAACGGUGUGGCCUGUAUUAUCUUAUCAGGAAGAACUGUGAAAAGCUGUGUUAUUAUCUUGUGCUAUUAUCAUGACCAGCUAUGAACAUAUGGAGUUGUAAACGUUCCUCACAAAUGAAGUGUAAUACAUUGGAGUGAAGUCAGUAGGGCCAUUUCUAACUGACAUUAACAUUUCAAUUUUAUGGCAAUUUUUCACUGUAUGUCUUUAAAUGAGCCUCUCCCCAUCCAUGGUCCUGUGCUGCACUGUUCUGAUCCUAACAAAUCUGACUCAAAGGACUAGCCAGUGUUUCCUCAUCCAGCCCACAAGGAUCCCCAAGUGGUGCUCAUUUUUGUUGUUUCCCAACUCCUAUUAUUUUACAUAGCUCAGACGUUUUGAGAGCUAGAACAAAAAUGUGGACCAUCCAUAGGUCCCAGAAGAUGAGAUUGGAACCCCAGACAGCGUGUUUGCACAAACACAAUAAACCGGCUUGGAUAAAUACUGUUCAAGGAAACAUAUGAUGCCAAAACUGGCCCUCAUAUGUUAAUUGUGAUGCCAAAACAUAGUGUAUGACGAUUCCUAAGUGGAAUCAACAUUUAUGGGCAGUUUUCUUUUUGCUGGGGUCUCUUGUAAGUAAACUAAAUUUUGGCACGAUCACAUGUGACUUAUAGCUUGGCCAUUCUAAGUUUUUGUCCUUGGUUUUCGACUGCCCCCUUGUGGUGUGGAUACAUUACUACGGUGAACACAUAAAAUGUGUAUGUGUUAUAGUCAUGCAUAGAGGACAAAACUGGAUGUAUAUGAAUUAAGCACUGCAUUCAGUGUAGUGAAGAUAGAAAUGAGUUUGUCUCAACUACUUACAUACACAAAAAAACAAAUAUGGUUAAUUAAUACCACUUUUUAUUGCUUAAACUGCCAUUAGAACCUCUAUCAAAAAGAUUAUCAUUUGGACAAGACACUGGAAAGCAACAGUUUGGGUAGAAAAAGAAGAGAAAAAAAUGGUCCACUGUGAAUAGUAGUUGCAGUUCAAAUGACUGCAGACCUCACAAAAUGAGCUCAAAGCCUGGUCUAGCUAGAGCAUGUACUUUUAAUAACUAAAGCAAAGGCAAGCUAUAUUAAUAUUUGUUCAUACAGACAUGUUCAUAUGACCACUCUUCAAGCCAUUCAUUUAUACAGACAUACAAUGCCAUAAAAUAUAACGAUGACUGUGAGUGAUAAACUCAGGGAUAACGUUUUGGGGGCAUAAAUGUUGUUAAUAAAUAUUUAAAAUCAAGCCAGAAAGAAUGUGAUAUAGGACAGAAAAGAAUAUGAACACAUUUAUCUCACAGUUGUCUCAGAAUGGAGUCCUUUCUGUGGCAACAGAAGUAACCGGAUAUGGUUGUAGUUGAAACUCCUUGAUAUGCAUACACAUGAAAUAAAAUAGACAAUAUUGAAAAAAUCUUUGUAGCACAACAUAGUAUGGAGCCAGUGUGGGUUUUGGGUUCAGCAUUUCAACACUGAAUGUCAAAAACCGUGGACACUUCAACAUGUUAUGCCACCAAUGUCCUUUUCCUGAAUAUAUUUUAUUUUCUCUAAAUUUCAAGUGCAACAAACCUGUGCAAAACAUAUUUCACACAAAGUAACAACUGCAUGAAGAGCAGAAAAUGGUGUGCAUGCAUCCCGUAAUGCUUAUGGCACCAAGCUUCUAAAAUAGAUCUGAAACCAAAGUUGAAUGAUUAAAAAUCAUGGUGGGGAACAACUUAAUGAGAACAUACUGACAGCAUUUCUAAUACUGGCGCUUAGAAAGCUACACAAAUUGUGUCUAUGGGUUAUAUAAUCUUGUUCCGCUUAGUUUGAUUAAAACUGGUAACAUGCUAAUUCGAAAUGCUUUUGACUGACAUUCUGCAUUAUGACUUUAAAGAAGACCUACUGUACUAGCCUGGAUUUUGGCACUGGCUCGGGAACUAAACUAAUAGUAUGCUCUUUCACACAGAUUCAGAUAAAACUAA